AUGUCAUAGACUGAUAAAGAAUUGAAAAGGAUUGAAGAGUUGGAGGAAUAAGUAAAUUAGGCCUUAAAGAGAAGUAGAUAACUUGAUGACAGUUCAAAAUUUGAUGAAAACUUUUUUAAAUAAGAACUUAAAGAAAUGCAGGAGAGAUGCCAGCAAAAUUAAUAAACCAUGAUGAGAUUAGAAUAAAAGUAUUUAAAAACAGGGUAUGAACUUAAAAAUUCUGAUGUGAUUCGAGAGAACAAUCUAGAUAAAAGCUCUGUUAAGUAAAAGAGUUUAUUGGAAUAAAAAAACUAAUAAAUCUAAGAACUAUAAAAAAAGCUAUUCGAUACUGAAAGGUAAUACAGCCAAUAAUUAUCUGAAAUGAAUCGAAGAAAUCAACAACUGGAAUAUUAAAAUUAAUAAUUGUAGGAAGAUCUUUAGAAUCUUCAAAAUCAACAAGAAAACAUUCCUGAUGUCAUUGAAUUGCAUAGAGCACUCGAAGAAUUACAGAAACAAUACCUGGAUCUCUAAAACAAAUUACAAGAAACCAUGAGAAAUGAUUAAUAGGAUUAUCAAUAAAUAAAAUAAGAAUAUGAAGAAUAUUAAUUAUUAACUUAAAACAUCAUUAAUCAGGAAGAAGAAUAUCAAAGAAGGAUCUGCGAAUUGGAAGAAGAAUUAUAAUAAAGUUCAACUUUCUAAUAAGAGUUCAUGAGUAGAUUGAAAUCAAAUGAAGAACUAUAUCAACAACGAUAUAGAGAUUUAAAAUAAAAGUACUAGUAAUAAUUAGACGAUCAAAGAAAGAUAUUAGAUUAAUAGAUUGAUGAAUUAAGAGAGUAAAAUAAUUACCUUUUCGGACAGCUCUCUAAUGCAGAAUGCAAGAUGCAAUAGUUUGAAUUUGAAAUUCAAAGGAAACAGAAUCUUUAGACUUCUGUUUAUCAAGAAAAUAGUGUUGAUUUAUAGGUGUCACGUAGUAAAUCUUUUUCUGCUUGUCAAGGACUUCAAAAUAUUAAGACUCUAUAGGAAUGUGAAAUUAAUACAAAAUUAAAACCUUAGCAUUACGUUGGAUGUUAUAGUAAAGUGAAACAAUCUAGUACUCAAUAAUCGCAAACAAUUUCAAAUAAACCAGAUUAAAGGAAUGAUGUAAAAUAAUAUGAUUCAAGACCUGUUAAAUAAAUCAACAUUUCAAUUGAAAAAGAAAAUAUCCAAGCUGAUACGCUAUCCUCUUAUAAUAAUAAGAUCAGGUCAUAAUCUAAGGAAUAGCCAGUUACUUAUAAACAAGUUGCUGAAUAAAGGUAAGCCAUUCUCUAUUCGAAAAUUCCAAAGCCAAGAAGAUGA